GCCGUGUGUAGCAUCCAACCAAGUCAUGACACGCUCUCUGUUGAAAACCGGCUCGCUAGGUAAUGUACCUAGCGUGCAGUUCAAAGCGCACAGAAUCCAACAUUUCACUGCAAGCCAAGGACACUGGACACGAGUCAAGAAUCAGGCCACGGCGGUACGCUCAAUACCUACAGCAGGUUUAAUAUCGACCCCUCUCCCUUCUUUCCAUCUCUGCUCGCCCGGCACAUUGGGUACCUAUCUAUUAGAUCCGUGUCUUGCGAUCGAACAACUUACAAGCAGCUCGAAUAUAUGGGCGUCUAUUGCAUUACCGGCACAAAUCGUGGCCUCGGCCUCGAGUUUGUUCGCCAGCUGGCACAAUCAGGCGGCCACACAAUUCUCGCUGCGGUGCGCUCUCUCUCAUCCGAUCUCGGCGAUUUGAACCAGGUUGCUUCUCCUACGACACAUGUUCUGGAAUGCGACACUGGAAGCAUCAAGUCAAUCCGGGCAUUCGCAACCCAAGCUGCUCAAGUUCUGGGGCCCGACAAACCAAUUGACUUCUUGAUCAACAACGCAGGCAUCAACCUGGGAUCAUCGCAAAACUCGUUGGAUCUUGAUCCCGACCAUCUAACUGCCAUGGUUAACGUCAAUGUUGUCGGCCCGGCCAAGAUGGUCGAGUUCCUGCUCGGGAUAGGGUUACUGUCGAGCCGUGUCCGUGUCUUGAACAUGACAUCGGGUUUGGGCAGCAUGCAGUGCAGCUCCGAGACGAAUCCAAAGUGUGCCGGCUACAGUAUUUCGAAGGCGUCCCUCAACAUGCUUACUAUUCAUCAAAGUAAAGACCUGAGAGAGAAGCUAUUGGGAGCAGUGGUGAUUGCGAUGGAUCCCGGCUGGGUCAAGACGAGGCUGGGUGGCAGGGGCGCUAUACUAGAGACGCACGAGAGCAUCAGCAACAUGUUGGAUGUCUUGGACGGAUUGGGGGAUCAAGAUAAUGGCAAGUUCUACCAACGCCUGGGUCAACAAGUCCCUUGGUAGGCACAGGGUUUGAUAAAGGCAGCCAUGGGGCCUGAGAAGGUAAACGAGUCUACAAGUCAUUAAAGCAAAUAUUAUGCUCUUCGUUACUUCAUUUCCACUUCGUCCAGCGGCU